CCAGCCCGUCCGCCAGCCGGGGCCAUGGUCUGCGACGGCCGCUUGUGCGGGCUGCUCCGCCGCAACCUGCAGCCCACGCUCACCUACUGGAGCGUCUUCUUCAGCUUCGGCCUGUGCAUCGCCUUCUUGGGGCCCACGCUGCUGGACCUGCGCUGCCAGACGCACACCUCGCUGUCCCAGAUCUCCUGGGUCUUCUUCUCGCAGCAGCUCUGCCUCCUGCUGGGCAGCAUCAUCGGGGGCGUCUUCAAGAGGACCCUGGCCCAGUCCCUGUGGGCCCUCUUCACCUCUUCUCUGACCAUCUCCCUGGUGUUCGCUGUCAUCCCCUUCUGCCGUGAUGUGAAGGUGCUGGCCUCCGUCAUGGCGCUGGCGGGCCUGGCCAUGGGCUGCAUUGACACCGUGGCCAACAUGCAGCUGGUGAGGAUCUACCAGAAGGACUCGGCCAUCUUCCUCCAGGUUCUUCAUUUUUUUGUGGGUUUUGGGGCCCUGCUAAGCCCUCUUAUCGCCGACCCCUUCCUUUCGGAGGACAACUGCUGGCCUGCGAAUAGCACAGCCAACGCCACUUCCAGCAGCCACCUCUUCCGUGCCUCCAGGGUCCUGGGCCACCGGCCUUCGUCGAACCAGACACUCCCCGAGCUGUUCCCGCCAGAUGGAGCAGGAACCCGAGUGUCCUACGCCUUCUGGAUUAUGGCCCUGAUCAACCUCCCGGUGCCCAUGGCUGUGCUGUAUCUGCUGUCCAAAGAGCGGCUGCUGACCUGCUGCCCUCAGAGGAGGCCGCUGCUCCUGUCUGCAGAUGAGCUCGCCCUGGAGACACAGCCUCCUGAGAAGGAAGAAGCUUCCUCGAUGCCCCCGAAGAUUCAGCCACACCCAGAACACGAGGACCUGUUCAGCUGCUGCCAGAGGAAGAGCUUCAGAGGAGCCCCGUACUCCUUCUUCGCCAUCCACAUCACGGCUGCCCUGGUGCUGUUCAUGACUGAUGGGAUCACGGGGGUAUAUUCCACCUUUGUGUACAGCUAUGCAGUGGAGAAGCCGCUGUCUGUAGGACACAAGCUGGCUGGUUACGUCCCCAGCCUCUUCUGGGGCUUCAUCACCCUGGGCCACCUUGUCUCCAUUCCCAUCUCCUCCAAAAUGAAGCCAGCCACCAUGGUGUGCAUUGAUGUGGUCGGCGUGGUGGUGACGUACCUGGUACUUCUUGCUUUCUCCUACAAUGUCAUCUUCCUGUUCGUGGGGACGGCCAGUCUGGGCCUGUUCCUUAGUAGCACCUUCCCCAGCAUGCUAGCCUACACAGAGGACAUUCUGCAAUACAAAGGCUGUGCGACCACAGUGCUGGUGACAGGGGCAGGGAUUGGCGAGAUGUCCCUCCAGAUGCUGGUUGGCUGGAUAUUCCAGGCUCAGGGCAGCUACAGUUUCCUGGUCUGUGGCGUGAUCUUUGGUUGCUUGGCUUUUACCUUCUACAUCUUGCUCCGGUUUUUCCACAGGAUGCACACUGGACUCUCAUCAGUUCUUACCCAGGACAAACAGCUUGGAACAGAAAGCUCGGAGUGCUACCAGAGGUAAAAGUGGGUAAAGGAGGCAGGCGAAGACAUCGGCCUCGCGAGCACCCGCAGAGACCGAAGUGUGGAGGAACGCAGGGGUGGCAGUGGAGCGAGCUCCCCACGCCUUGCUUUGGAGCCUCUCCAAUGAAGACUUGCAUAGAAGAUAUUAAAUUGAGUUCUGGUACCCGGGUCCUCCCUGGGCAAAUCAUUAGAAGUUUACUUGGCUAUUUAAAUUCCUUUCCUCUUCCCUGGUUCAGACUUUCGGUCAGAGCUGUCUGCCUGGGAAGGAGGAAGGCAGCAAUCUGCUUCACUCCACUGGCCGCCUCCUGUAUGGACCACACCCUGGGUUUGAAGAUCACUCUUCGUUGAAUUUGAAAAUAUAGGUUGAAAUUAUAAAGCUCGGUGAUCAUUGCUAUAUGUAGAUACAUUUUAAGUUAAUCAAAACAAACCCAUGGCAUGCUCACAGGAUUUGUGUGCUUUUUCCUUACUAAUAGUCCAAAGUCCCUCAAAUUCCUGCUGCUGACAUCAAUAGUUUGUCCGUCUAACACAGCAAAAGGAAAAGUUGAAUCUUUGGGACACUAAUUCAGUGAUAUGCUGGCCUAGCUCCUACCAGCUUACAAAAGUUGAUUGUUAAAAUUUCUUUUAAGAGCUGUUUGUUAAAUACAGCCAUUAUUAAAAAUCAAAUUAUAGAAACUUAAAAUACGUGAGAAACAAAGGUAAUAGCUACUCGAAAGUCAUCACUUCCUAAUUUUUCUAUACCUGUGUUCUUGAAGUGAUUUAUGACUAUUGUAUUUGUAUGGUGGAAACACUGUAAAAAGGAGUGCAUCUCUUUCCAACUCCACUUUCAGUGAUAAAAGUGUUGGUGGCUUGACAUCAGCCAUGGUGGGAGUAUUUACACCACAGCAAUUGGCAAAAGCUACAAAUCAUGGCUUUUCUCUCCUGGAGAGCCAGGUGUUAAACAUUUGCCAGCACACCACUACUAGUAAUCAGUGCAAACUGGUCCAGAAGUUGCCUGAGAGAAUGAGAUGGAUGUUCUGUUUUUCUUUACUGACAUUGACUAGCUUAUAAAAGCUGUAGAAACAGCACUAAGAACUUCUAAAAUAAAAAUAUCUGAUUUAAAAUUUAUAUCCUCUAUAGAGAAAGACAACUCUUUACAGGCAUACCUCAGGGAUAUUGUGGGUUCAGUUCCAGACCAUCACAAUAAAGCGAGUAUCACAAUAAAAUGAGUUAAAAUCUUUUUGCUGGUGAUCUUGCUUUCAGUUUGUAAAGAAUGCAACAUGUGCAAAAUGCAAUAAAGUGAGUCACAACAAAACGAGGUAUGCCUGUGUACCAUGUCAAGUUCUUUAACAAAACUAGGACCUCUGAACAAUUCAAGCUGUGCAGUAUACUCCAAGUAUACUUUCAGUAUCCUUUCUGCCUGUCAAGCAAAUCCUGUAGUAAUGCAAAGACGACAAACUCAGUGACUUGGAAAGGGAUGAGAGUUCUGUAAGUCGUGAAAUGGCUGUUACAGUGACUGUAUAGUAGUUCACCUGCACUUUCUCUGUGUAUAUACAAGUGUACAUGUGUAAAAAAUAAGUGGAUCACAAUUCUCAGUAGCCUGUCCAAGUAAAAUGGUUCACAUGCCCAACAUUAAAAGGUUUACCCUGGAACUGUGGGCAUUGUCAUGUAAGCCCGCUCCACCUGCCAGCAGCGAGGCAUGGUGAUGGGAAUCUGGCUGCCGAGACCUGAUUCAAGCACUGGCCUCAGCUUCUCUCUCUGUGGCUCUUCUGGCUUUGCUUUUUUAAAAAGUGUAAAGUGACAUUUCUAAAAGAAUCUUACCCUACCUCAAAGGAAUUCUGAAAGAAGUGAAUUUGUGUAAAUCAAUUAUUAUAUGCCUGACAUAGAUACUGCUUCAUAAAUGUUAGCAAUUUUUGUUUUUAAAACCUCAUGAGCAGCUUAGAAAUUGUUCCUAUGUUUAUUAACAUAUUUAUUGUAAGUCAAACAGAUCCCAAUUCUUUUGAAAGCUGGUGGUCUAGGGUUAUAGUUUUAAUUAUGUCUGUAAACACUUCAAAGUAUUAGAUGCCAGCCAGAGUUAGUACAGCCCAACUGAAGUGAGCAACUGACCUGGGAAAAAAGAAAACAGCUGUAUUUUUCUUGCUAGUUUUCAAGCAAACAUCCCUUUUAUACAGAUUUAGAAAGAAGAAUCAAUGGCGAUAUCUAAGGUGAUCAGUAUUAAGUUGUGAAUAUAGAAAACAAGAUCGAAACAAAUUUAAGACUGCCUUUUCUAAAAUAAAAU